AUGCAAACCCUAAGCUUCUCUAACCGCCUGUCUCUGUCCAGUCACUGGCUCUGUCCCGUUCCAGCCACCGGCAUUCCUACAAGGAGGUCCAGUUCAGUCUCGUGUGUCCGUCCACUCAAGUGCAUUUCCCUUUCCAGUGAUUCUUCAGUCGUUGAUGCAAAUAAGUUCAAGGAAGCUGCUAAAAAUGGAAAUUUGGUACCUCUUCACACCUGUAUAUUCUCUGACCAGCUCACCCCAAUCACUGCUUAUCGGUGUUUGGUGAAAGAAGAUGAUAGAGAGGCUCCUAGCUUUCUAUUUGAGUCUGUGGAGCCUGGUUCUCGGGUUUCAACUGUGGGGCGUUACAGUGUGGUUGGAGCUCAGCCAGCAAUUGAGAUUGUAGCAAAAGAAGAUAAGGUUAGUGUGAUGGACCAUGAAGCAGGUACAUUGACUGAGGAGAUUGUCGAAGAUCCGAUGGUGAUUCCAAGAAGAAUAUCAGAGGCUUGGAAACCGCAACUUGUUGAUGGACUUCCAGAUGCAUUUUGUGGUGGCUGGGUUGGUUAUUUCUCUUACGAUACUGUUCGAUAUGUGGAGAAGAAAAGGCUGCCAUUUACAAGGGGACCCAAGGAUGACAGGAAUCUUCCAGACAUACAUCUGGGUCUCUAUGAUGAUGUGAUUGUGUUUGAUCAUGUAGAAAAGAAAGCAUACAUAAUUCAUUGGGUGAAGAUAGAUAGAUACUCUUCUAUUGAGGAUGCUUACUCUAAUGGAAUGAAACGUUUGGAAAAAUUGUUGGCCAGAGUACUGGAUGUUGACCUCCCAAGGCUAUCUCCAGGUUCUGUAAGAUUACACACUCAGCAUUUUGGUCCCUUAUUGAAGAACUCAAACAUGACCAGUGAUGAAUAUAAGCAAGCAGUACUACAGGCGAAAGAACAUAUCCAGGCUGGGGAUAUUUUCCAGAUAGUACUGAGUCAGCGGUUUGAACGCCGAACCUUUGCUGACCCAUUUGAAAUAUAUAGAGCAUUGAGAAUCGUAAAUCCCAGUCCUUACAUGACUUACUUGCAAGCUAGAGGGUGUAUUCUAGUUGCCUCAAGUCCAGAAAUUCUUACCCGUGUAAAGAAGAAUAAGGUAGUCAAUCGGCCACUGGCUGGGACUGUCAGAAGAGGCAAGACACCUGAAGAAGACGAAAUGUUGAAGGAACAGUUACUAAAGGAUCCAAAGCAGUGUGCAGAACAUACUAUGCUUGUUGAUUUGGGCAGAAAUGACGUUGGAAAGGUUUCAAAACAUGGUUCUGUGAAGGUGGAAAGGCUUAUGAAUGUUGAACGAUAUUCCCAUGUAAUGCACAUAAGCUCCACGGUCACGGGAGAGUUGCAUGAUCAUCUCACUUGCUGGGAUGCCCUGCGUGCUGCAUUGCCUGUCGGAACUGUCAGUGGGGCACCAAAGGUGAAGGCAAUGGAAUUGAUUGACCAAAUGGAGGUGUCGAGGCGUGGCCCUUACAGCGGAGGACUGGGUGGGGUUUCCUUUACCGGUGAUAUGGACAUUGCACUAGCUCUUAGGACCAUGGUAUUCCCAACUGGAACUCAGUACAACACAAUGUACUCAUAUAAGGAUGCUCAGCUACGCCGUGAAUGGAUUGCUUACCUUCAAGCUGGUGCUGGUAUAGUUGCAGACAGUGUACCUGAUGACGAGCACCGUGAAUGCCAGAACAAAGCUGCUGGACUUGCUCGUGCCAUAGACUUGGCCGAGUCAACUUUUGUUAACAAGUCAUGA